CCAAACAUUUAGCUACCAAACCAGGCAAGUAGGAGGGUGUGGAGACUUCUACACCACUCUUCUGCAUGUGCCUUUAUUAACGGAAUGCCUUUGCUUAAAAAUAAAAGUAACUUGAAAACUUGCUAUUAUUUGUCAGUUGCGUUGCUCACAAUGGUCUCUUAUUUUUUCCUCCUGCAAUCUAGGGACUCCACCGUACCUCAGCUGGGCCUCAUUGUUCCUGAACUGCAUUAGUUAAGAUUACGCAAACGUGGAUUUCAAAGGAAUACUUUCAUUGUUCCAUCUGUCACACCAAGUAAUUGGGGCCAGCUGGAUGUCAGGAUGCGCGUGGUAACCAUCUUAAUCCUGCUCUUCUUUUGUAAAGCCGCUGAGUGCAAAGGAAGCCCUGGGGGUGCGAGAAACCGAGUGAAUCACAGCCGGGCUGGUGGGAGCCGGAAGGGCUCCAGCCUGGUCAAACGCUACGCUCCAGGCCUCCCCUGUGAAGUGUACACAUAUCUUCACGAGAAAUACUUAGAUUGUCAAGAGAGAAAACUAGUUUAUGUGCUGUCCGGCUGGCCUCAGGAUUUACUGCACAUGCUAUUAGCAAGAAACAAAAUCCGCGUACUGAAGAACAGCAUGUUUUCCAAGUUUAAAAAGCUGAAAAGCUUGGAUUUACAGCAGAAUGAGAUCUCCAAAAUUGAGAGUGAGGCUUUCUUUGGUUUAAAUAAACUUACCACUCUCUUACUGCAGCACAACCAGAUGAAAGUCUUGACAGAGGAAGUGUUCAUUUACACACCUCUCCUGAGCUACCUGCGUCUCUAUGACAAUCCCUGGCAUUGUACUUGUGAGAUGGAAACGCUUAUUUCAAUGUUGCAGAUUCCAAGGAACCGGAAUUUGGGGAACUACGCCAAGUGUGAAAGCCCACAAGGACUAAAAAAUAAAAAACUGAGGCAGAUAAAAUCUGAACAGUUGUGUAAUGAAGAAGAAAAGGCACAUUUGGAUCCAAAACCCCAAGUGUCAGGGAAACCCCCAGUCAUCAAGCCUGAGGUGGACUCUUGCCACAACUACGUGUUUCCCAUACGAACACUGGACUGCAAAAGAAAAGAGUUGAAGAAAGUUCCAAACAACAUCCCUCCAGACAUUGUUAAACUUGACUUGUCACACAACAAAAUCAACCAGCUUCGACCCAAGGAGUUUGAAGAUGCUCAUGAGCUAAAGAAAUUAAACCUCAGCAGCAACGGCGUUCAAUUCAUAGAUCCCGCUGCUUUUUUAGGACUCACACAUUUAGAAGAGUUAGAUUUAUCAAACAACAGUCUGCAAAACUUUGACUAUGGAGUAUUAGAAGACUUGUAUUUUUUGAAACUCUUGUGGCUCAGAGAUAACCCUUGGAGAUGUGACUACAACAUCCACUACCUCUACUACUGGUUAAUGCAUCACUACAACGUGCACUAUAAUGGCCUGGAGUGCAAAAUGCCCGAAGAAUACAAAGGGUGGUUUGUGGGAAAAUAUGUUCGGAGUUACUAUGAAGAAUGCCCCAAAGACAAAUUACCAGCAUACCCUGAAACAUUUGACCAGGAUACAGAAGAUGACGAAUGGGAAAAAAUACAUAAGGAUCACACAGCAAAGAAACAAAGUGUAAGAAUCACUAUUGUGGGAUAACUUAGAAAUUGUUCUGGUUGCAGCUAAUUUUGUAUUUGCUAAACUGGUGUUGGAAAACCACAUGUUUAGAUUUUGAUUAACUGUUUUACCUGUUUAGGCGAGGUUACCCAGCUAAAGGAAG